AAGAAGAAGAACAAAUAAAUAAAAACACGCAGUUUUGUUUUGAAUUUCGCAAGCCUUAAAAUUUCUAUUAAAUUCUAUAAAUUAUUUAUAUAAAACAUAAACAAAUAGCAUGGCUGCUUCCUCCUCGGCAUCACCAUUAGCGGUAGAAAAUGGCCCCCAGUCUACACCCAUAUGUUUGAUUGUGUUGGGCAUGGCCGGCUCCGGCAAAACCACAUUUGUGCAAAAACUAACCCAGACCUCUUUCGAGCAAUACAAACCCUAUGUGAUAAAUUUGGAUCCGGCCUGCCGAGAAACUCCCUAUCAUUGUAAUAUAGACAUUCGAGAUACCGUCAACUACAAAGAAGUAAUGAAACAAUAUAAACUGGGACCUAAUGGAGGCAUAGUAACAUCGUUGAAUUUAUUUGCCACCAAAUUUGAAAAAGUAGUGGAAUUAAUACGGAGAGCUGGACAACAGGGUCACAAAUGGUGUAUUAUAGAUACACCAGGUCAAAUAGAGGUAUUUACCUGGUCUGCCUCGGGUACCAUAAUAACAGAGGCCUUGGCCACCAUGUUUCCCACAAUCGUAGUGUAUGUUAUGGAUGUGGUGCGGUCUAUUAGUCCCACCACCUUUAUGUCCAAUAUGUUGUAUGCCUGCUCUAUAUUAUACAAGGCUAGGCUGCCGUUUGUGGUGGUCAUGAAUAAGAUUGAUAUGCAAGAUCAUGAUUUUGCUGUGGAAUGGAUGACCGACUUUGAGGCUUUCCAGGAGUCUUUGGAAAAGGAACAAAACUAUAUUAGCAAUUUAACACGCACCAUGUCUUUAACUCUGGAUGAAUUUUAUAGUGAUUUAAAGACCUGUGGUAUUUCCUCUAAAACGGGGGUGGGCUUUGCUAGAUUCUUUACAUUGGUGGCAGAAUUAGAGUUGGAAUAUGAGAAGGAUUAUAAGGCCGAGUAUAAUAAAUUACGUGUGGAAAAAUUAGCGGAACAGACCAAGAAAACUGAACAAAAACUGGAUAAGAUUGCUAAAAGUAAAGGCACGGGCAGUGAGGUUAUGCUGACAGGGUUUGUGGAAGAGGUCUCUUCUGGUCGUGAACUUUCUGAUGUUUAUCUAAAACAUCCUGGCAAUGAAAGUUCCGAAGACGAAGAAGGCCAAGAGGAAGAAGCACCCUUCAAUGAAGAUCAAGUGGAAGAACAAAAUUUCCAACAAUUUGUGCAACAACAUAUAGAUCAUUUGGCCUCCAAGAAAUAAUAAUAAACUCAUUAAUUAAGUGAUAUAAAAUAACGAUAAAAACUACACAAAAGCCAGUUGUUUAAAUAAAUGUUGUUUAUUUGA